AUGCUUUCCAGAGCGGUGAAUGUGCCGCGCGCCUGUUUUGCCAACCGCCUCUCCUCGUCGAUUCCAUCAGCCAGAGCUACGCUAAGCAAUCGCAGCUUACACAGUCACAGUCGUGGAGAAUGGAUCCAGCAGCGAUGCUACAGCUCCGAUCCCGUCAUUCAUAGCAAAGAGAAGAUAGAGGCGCUGAUAUCGGGCAAGAUCAGUCAACGCGAGUUUAAGAAAUCGAUCAAGGAGACAUCCAAGAGGCCGUUCAGGAAGCCAUACAGUCGUAAGCCAUGGCGCCGUCGAAGAGAGGAAGGGAUACCCGAUCGGGGGCUGGCACCCUUGGAAAUCGAGUCCAAUCCUACGACGCAGGCGGCUAUAGAGCGACACUUGGGAGAAGAGUUUGAAGGCGAGCUUUCAGAAGAGCUUGUGAAAAUGCUUGCCGAAGAGGUGCUUCUCAAAGAGGAGUCUGCUGCAGAAGAACUCGACGCGGACGAAUCAAAUCAACUAGGGCAAUCUACUUCUCAAGAGGAGGCUAUCGUCACGGAGGCCGAUGCAGCUGCACCUAGCCAAACCAGGCCCAAGCGGGAGUUCAAAGCUAAGAGAGACAUCCAUGAUGAACUCGUGCAGUCCAAGAGCGUCUCCGUUGCGGCUCUUGGAGAGCAGAUCGAUGCCAUCAUGUUAAAGAAUCCCAACGAAAUGAAGAGACCCAAGAGGGCCGUGCGAAGAGUUCAAGAAGAUGCGGUGGAAGCUACGGUUGAGCUCGAUACGGAAAGGGAUAAUAUGGUGGAUGUGAAAGAGGAGAGUGAUGAGGAGGCAAUGGCAGCGGCGAUGAAGAAUAUCGAUGACCUGCGGCCCGUCGACAAGACGAUUCUACGAAUGAAGGAUUUCGAUUCUCUGGCAAAUACUCUGCUGGACGGUUUCACAUUCAAUCAACUUGCCAAAUACUUCAACCAGAAGCGCCUGGCCUUGCCCAAGAGAGAUCAAGGAACGCCGUUGCGCUAUCCCUGGAUCGUCAAACAGGACCCAUGGGUUGCUGCAAAACCUGACCACUGGGGGCCGCUUAGGCCGAAGCAACGACAGGUGAUUAUGAUUAUGCAAAUCAUAUGGCAUCUGGAGGUUCAAGAGCAGGUUGAAGGCUUGGGCAGAACUCUUGUCUGGCUACAACCUCGCAUCUUUGAGUUGAUCGCUUCCCCUAAUAGUGCCGUACUUGAGCUACUCUCCAGAGACUUUUUGUAUCAGUCUAACAAGGAGAAAAUCACGACAAGUUUUGACGAUCACCGGAUCAAUAUCUACGCCCAGAAAUCCACCAUUCCCGCCAUCCUCUCCCACCUUGACGAAACGGUCAAAUCAAUUCGGUGCCAGAAAAUCUCCUCGAGUUUUAUUCAAGGGCACGACGACCUAGACGAGAAACUUCUCCGAGAGCUAGAACGAAUCACCAAGACGCAUAUUGCUUACGAUGAGAACAAUCAAGAGCUUGAAAUAUCUUGGCUGCAGAAGCAGCACCCUGCUGCCACCAGUACAGAAUCCCCGGCUGAUAUCGCCUUGCGACUUUUAUUGGAGCAGACCACCGAGGAUAUCCAGACCAGUGUCCAUAUUAUCACACCCUCAGACAGCAGCAAUCCCAAAGACGGAGCUUUUGUUAGCCAUCAGAGGGAAAACAGGAGUAUGUCUUGGAAAGAUAAGCUCGGGCAGUGGUCAAGAUUCGUCACACCAGUUGGCCAAGCCAGCGCCUCAGGGGAUGACGUUUCAACGCAAUUCCUCAAUGUCAUUUCCGAUCUCAAGGUAACAAAAGGAACCGAACCGGUCCACCAAGUCACAGCUUCUUUCGGACAUGUGCUUCAUGGGAAGCAUUCACAGACAGUGGCUGCAAUGGCGAAGCAUCGCCGACUGCUUUCACCCGUCCUUCCUCAUCCGGCGUCGUUUACAUCCAUCGUGGAAGAAGACAAGCCUACAACGCAGCGCGCGAUGAUUGUUCUCAACUUUUCUCCAGACCUCAAUCAUUCCUCCUCAAGAUAUGACUCCGCGCCCCCCACGAUACAACUUCAACUACCAGUCAAUCCCGACAGCGACCUUGCCGGCAUCUCUCUCCCGCCUGGCUCAGCCCUCUUUGGGGUUGCAGCACAGCAUAUCAGUGACGUGCUUAUGCCCAGCGAAAGCGUCGAUGUUCGCCUGACGCAAAGCCAUCUUCUUCCGCUUGAUGCAAGCCAAGAGUCCGUCAAGCAAUUUUUAUCGCAAAGCGAAUUCAAUCUCCCCCAGGGUGUUCUGAAAACACCCAGCAAAGCCAAGUUCUCCAUCCCCAAAGCAUGGAUAACCAAGGCUAAAACAACCCGCAAACCUUCCAAGGCCACCAUCAAUGUACCAUACAUAUUCAUGGGGUUGGAAAUUCAUCAAACCGUCCAAAUCGAGCUCCAUGGCCACACGCUGUGCUACAGCAGCAUUGAUGCAGGCCGACAUGGAGGCCACCGGCAAGAGCUUUCUCUUCAAGCCGGCCCUCCACAAACCAAAGACGAACCAUCGUUUAUGCUUGACAAGGCUGAGGUGUCACGCUUCCUAUCUCUAGUCGAAGGGGUAGCUACUGGCAAGUACUUUUCAUGGCACAACGGGUCUCAACUUAUGCGAGAAAUACCAGACGUAGGUACGCUCGAGGACGAAGCCACGGAGGAUCAACUGCCAUCAUUAGAGGCUGAAACCGAGGACUACGAGCAUGUUCAGAGCACUGAAUCUGAAGCGUUGCAAACUACUGAGCAUCAAGAUGGUCGUUCUUCGACCGAGACAGCCCCCGACAUCACUAUAGCUGAACCAUCCGAGGGCAUUCAAUCUCCUAAUCCUGACAAGGCGAAGGAGCCAGAGCGUGAAUAA